UCAAAGUCCAGUGAUGAUAACAAAUUGAGAAAGUUAAUAGCCCAGCUAUACUGCUGCCGCUGGUGCAUGAAAUUCUAAUAAUUUAUUAUGUGAUAUAAGUGAUAUUACCGAAACUGUAGUCAUGUCCUCAAAAACGGGUCUGCUGACGGCGGUACACCUAGCCAACAUCGCCAGUACUUUGGCCGCCACUCGAAAGUAUGCACUGGGAACUCUCUACGUUCAGCUACAUCCACGGUUCCAGGAGGUGGCGAAACCGACCGCUUUUAGUAAAUUUAUUGCCACCGUGUAUCAAAGUUCGCCAAAGGUGCUCGGUCCAGGGGUGGACUUGCGUAUUCUGAUUAGUUCACUUAAAUCGAAAGAGAUUAUUCCGGUGAGUCGCCCCGUUGAUUAUCUUUUCUACGACUACUGCGUGGAUCCGCAACAAGACGGAUUGGAUGUGACGAAGACCUACCCCGGCUCGAGUGUGAUCGAACUCGGAACGCAACCGUUUGCGAUCGAUGCAAGGGAGCUCAUCGAGUCUAGUGAAACAUUUAAAAAUGUCGUUCUCGGAGGAACGUUUGAUCGCAUCCACGCCGGGCACAAGGUUUUGCUAUCGCAAGCGGCGCUGUUGGCCGAAGAGCGGUUGGUCGUUGGAGUGACCGACGAGAAUAUGAUCAAGAGCAAAAAGCUAUGGGAGCUGAUUCUGCCAACCGAGCGAAGGAUUGAAGAUGUUCGAGCGUUUAUCGACGACGUCGAUUGCACUUUGAAGCACGAAGUUGUUCCUAUCAGCGACCCCUUCGGACCAACGGCAACUGAUCCACACAUGGAUCUCAUCGUCGUCAGCACGGAAACGUCUCGAGGUGGCGCCAAGGUGAACGAACUUCGCGCCAAAAACGGACUCAACCAACUCAAGGUGCACACGAUCGAUCUACUGGACGAUGAACUCACUGUCGAAGACAAGGAAGAUAAGAUCAGUUCCAGCAACCAGCGGAUGGAUCUGUUGGGAACGCGCCUCAAACCGCGUGAUGCGAAACCACAUCUCAGCUCGAAGCCGUACAUCAUCGGACUGGUCGGUGGGGUGGCAGCCGGCAAAAGCAAAAUGGCGGAACGUUUCGCUAAGCUUGGCGCGGGGGUGAUCGAUUGCGAUAAGAUUGCCCAUGAGCUGUACGAACCGGGCGAGGAUUGCUACCAAACGGUGAUCAACAACUUUGGCAUGGGCAUUCUGAAUGAGGACAAGACGAUCAACCGGAAGGCUCUGGGUGCGAUUGUUUUCUCCGAUCCGGACAAGCUGGAUUUGUUGAACACAAUUUUGUGGGACGCCAUUUUGGAGCGGGCCAAGCAACGUAUCAAGGAAAUGUACGAGAAGCAGAACAAGCAGAUCAUUAUUAUGGAAGCAGCUGUGCUGCUGCGAGCGGGAUGGCAAAGCGCUUGCCACGAGAUUUGGUCCUGCAUUAUUCCCCGCGAGGAAGCCAUCCAGCGAUUGAUGGAGCGAAACGGUUUGACCGAAGAGGAAGCCGAUAAGAGGAUUAAGGCACAGAUUAGUAACAGCGAGUUGGUAAAGAAUUCGGAUAUUGUAUUUUGUACGGCUUGGAGCUACGAGUAUUCACAAACGCAAGCGGAGAAGGUGUGGGCGGAUUUGGUGGAGGAGUUGAAGCUGAAGCUGUGAAUUUUAUUGUUGACAAAAUAAACGUUAUAGGUAUUGGGA